GUCGCUGCAGUGAAAUUGCGCCUGUUAACCGGCGGCACGCUUUUGAGUCCAAACGUGGAGUUUGUUUGAAAUGUUUUCCUGUUUGAAAAACAAAGUGGGAACGGUUCUCCUACCUGGAGAUGAAUUCUCCUUCGACACCGACGACACCAUUCCCCUGAAGAACCCCGUGAAGGCGGACAAGGUUGUGUGCGGUCCUGGUCUGAGACGCAGCGGGGAACGUCUGCUGGUUAGCAAGAGCGGAGUCCUGCGGCACAAACACCCCAACAUGUUCUGGAUGGACUCCCAGCAGAAGAGGUACAUACCCGCCAAAGGGGAGACGGUCAUCGGCGUGGUGACGACCAAGUCCGUGGACGUCUUCAAGGUGGACGUGGGAGGAAGCGAGCAGGCGUCUCUGUCCUACUUGGCGUUUGAGGGCGCCACCAAGAGGAACCGACCCAACGUGCAGGUGGGCGACCUGGUGUUUGCACAAUUCAUCGUGGCCAAUAAGGACAUGGAGGCGGAGCUAGUGUGUGUGGACAGUUCGGGACGAGCCAAUGGGAUGGGUGUAUUUGGCGCGGGCGGUCUUCUCUUCAGGGCAUCCCUGGGUCUGGUCAGAAGGCUGCUGGCCCCCAACAGCGACCUCCGCCAGGAGCUGGAGCAGCUGUUCCCGUGCGAGCUGGUGGUGGGCAUGAACGGCCGCCUGUGGGUCAAGUCUGCCAGCGUGCAGCGGACCCUCGUCAUCGCCAACCUGCUGGAGAGCUGCGAGAACAUGACGCCGCCACAGAGGCGCCAGCUGUUCACGAGGGUGGCCCAGGGGGCCUUCUAGAGCUGUGUGAUGGCACGCCACUGAAGACUGUGGCCACUGAAGACCCCGACCCCCCCGCCCGCUAGGCUCGCCUGUUGACAGACUUCCACUAAUUUUUGAGUUGCUAAAGUGCUAAAGCGGUGGUGUCCAUAGUGCAGUCCGGGGGCCAUUUGCGGAUUAGAACCAUACAUUGAAAAAAAAUUAGAUGAAGCAGUUUUGGGAGAUAUGAAAUACCAAGCCAAAUUAAAAUGCUAACAUUAGCAUGCUAACAGUUAGAACGUGUCAAGUACCAAGCCAUAAGAGUAUAAAACGUACGCUUUAAAUUAGCCUCACAUAAAGGUGAGCAUGAUGAUGUUAGCGUGCUAACAGUUACCAUGUGACAAGUACCGAGUUGUAUGACUUUAAGGUGUUAGGCUGCAAUGUUAGCAUGCUAAUGUUAGUAUGGUAGAACGCCAACAUUAGCUUUCUAGCAUACUAAAAUUUGCCACAUAUCAAGUACGAAGUUGUAUGACCUUGUUGUGUUAGGCUGCAAAAUUGGCAAAAAAAAAGUUAGCAUGCUAAUGUUAAUACGCUAGAACGGCAACAUUAGCUAUCUAAAAAAAGUUAGCAUGUUAAUGUUACCAUGCUAAAACUCCAACAUCAGCUGUCUUGUAUACUAACAUUUUGCAUGUAUCAAGUACGAAGUUGUAUGACUGUUGUGUAAGGCUGCAAAAUUGGCUAAAAAAAAGUUAGCAUGCUAGAACGCCAACAUUAGCUGUCUAGCAUACUAACAUUUGGCAUUUAUCAAGUACCAAGUUGUAGGACACUGAGGUGUUUGCCUAAAACAAAUAUUAAAAAGUCCGCAUUAAAAUGUUAAGGUUAGCAUGUGUUAUAAUUACCAAGUCAUGAAAAUGACUUGUUUGCCUAUUAAAUUGUCUGGAAAAAAAAAGUUAGCAAGUUAAUGUUAGCAUUUCAGCCUGCUAACCGUUGGCAAAUGUCAAGAGCAUGCCAAAGUUAUGAAUGAGGCGUUAGGCUGCAAAAUUGGCUAAAAAGAUUAGCAUCCUAAUAUUGGUAUGUUUUUUCUUUACAAUAAAACAAAUACAAUUCAAAUCAAUUGUCAGGAAAGAAGAGGAAGGAAUUUAAAAGGUAUAUGUGUUUAAAAAUCCAAAAAUCAUUUUUAAGGUUGCAUUUUUUCUCUAAAAUUGUCUUUCUGAAAGUUAUAAGAAGCAAAGUAAAAAAAUAAAAGAUUUUAUUUAAACAAGUGAAGACCAAGUCUUUAAAAUAUUUUCUUGGAUUUUCAAAUUCUAUUUUAGUUUUGUCUCUCUUAAAAUUUAAAAUGUCGAGCAAAGCGAGACCAGCUUUUUAGUAAAUAAAUACAAUUUUAAAAAUAUAGGCAGCUCACUGGUAAGUGCUGCUAUUUGAGCUAUUUUUAGAACAGACCAGCUGGCGACUCAUCUGGUCCUUACGGGCUACCUGGUGCCCGCGGGCACCGUGUUGGUGACGCCUGGUGUAAUGUAUGAAAAUUGCCCCCGCAUGAAAGGUUUGGACACCCCUGCGCUAAAUGAAGAUGUUGGUACAAGUCAACCAUCCAAACACUGAGGAAUAUUCAAUAAACAUUUAUUUUCAAACCCUUUUAAGAAAAA